AGUCAGUAAGCAACAUCGUCUGCGACCAGACGUACAAUUUGUCACACAAGCGCGUGUCGCAGAUAUUUCGCUUGUGACGAUUCGUGAAUGUUUGAUCAGCAAUAAAAUUUGCAAGAAGCCAGAAAAAAAAUUCAAAGAGCGAGAAGGCAAAUUACAAGUGUCGUGUGAAUAAAUAAAUAAAGUGUAGAGUGAGUAUUUUUAAUUUAAACAUUCACACCGAAAACGCGGAACUGUGUGGAGAUCGACGCGACUAGAAACUCCUUCAGAGAAUAUUCUCCGUGGUGCCUCCAUAGAGAAAAUUUGGGGCGAAAGACGACAAACAGUAUAUUCGCGCGCUUUAUCUCCUCUCACCAAAAAGAACAAAUACUUCUUCGCAACUCUGGGAGACAACAGAAGAAAGACCAAAAAAACGAGAAGCUCAAACGUGGUGUGUUGCUGAAAAUUUAACAGCUCCUGGAACUUUUACGGAUUUGAGCAGAACAAAUAAAAUAAAAUAAAAGAAAAAGGAAUCUCAAAGAAGGAUGAUGAAAGUAGUAGUAGUUCUUUAUCUACUUGUGCAGUGCACUCUACCAGUGAUUUCCGGAAAAACAUCCCCCGUUGAUGUGACGAAGGAAGAUGGGAAGGUUCUCAGUAAAUCGAAUUCACUCCGUGACUCGAUUCCUAACACCAAUGUCAAAGGGCACGGUGGAGAGGAUGAAAUAGUAGAGAACUGGAAAUUGGACCCGUCCCAAGACAUACCUACUUCCUCCCACACAGCCACUCCACCCAAACUAUUUACCGCCUACAAAGAGACAUAUAUUACGAAGGCGGCAGCAAAGAAAUUCCUGCAGAAAAUCCGCUCACUGAAGAAACCCUACACGGACAAGGAGUACGACGACCUACUUCAGGAAAUUGUACUUGAGCCCAAGCCUACGUCUAAAUACUCAAUCUACGAUAAGAAGUAUUUUGACUAUUUGCCAUCGGAUCAACAGGAAGCAAAAUUGGACCAGGAACCCACACAGCAGCCUCAUCAUCGGCACCAUGGACAUAAAAGACGUUCAAAGCGUAACGCAGAUACAGAGGAAGAGAAGAAGGUCACCAAGAGGCACUCAGGGGCUUGGUCGAGGCAUUUUCUGGAGCAUGAAAGGCGACACUAUGAGCAUCUUAGGCGUGUGGAGGAGGAACGCAAUCGAAGAUAUAGCCAACACUACCAGCCUGUUGUCUAUUCGAAUGACAUCUACGUACCCGUGAGUGCAGACCCGACAAAUCCAUGGAAUAAUCCCUUCUACCGUCCACGCCUCAAUAACUACUACCUCCCACCUGAUCCAUCAUCACAAUUUGUCGUACAUCCCCAGCAGACUUUCAUUGGCUACCCCAUCCCUGGAGUUGUCUACAACGUACCCUUUCCACCGCAGAAUCCUCCUGUAAAUCAAGUCACGCAACCACCAACAACUACUCCUCCCAAACCUACUGAAAUGCCGCCUCAAGUGCAACCAGAAGUGCCUCCAGAGGAGCCCGAGAGAACAAUGACGCGCUUCGGGGAGGAAGAUGAUCAACCACCAGUGUGGGAUGUUGUUGAAAAACCUUCCAGACUCAUACCUGAGAGACCGAGUCAAGCUCAACCAACCACAAGACGUCCUACAGUACCAUUGAUUCGUGAUAAUGAGGAUUAUUAUGAUGACCUCACGGAAUCAAAUAAAAUCCCACAGGCGAAUGUGAAUCAAGGUGUUCAGAGCACAACGAGACGCCCAUCGCCACCGCUUAUCCGCGACAAUGAUUAUUACGAUGACAUGACUAGCAACUCCGGACGCCCCCAGCGUCCUCCCAGUCAGACAAAUUCCAAUCAACUUGCCUUAUCCAACUAGGAAGUGGAAGUGCAGCGCGGCCGAGACCACUCCCCGCCACGCCUGCCACCCCCAUUGCAACGAGACCUACCCAGCCUGAGGGGCCAUCGCGGUGCGUUUGGGCCAUUGUUAAUUGUUGCACACCCCGCAACCCGGCUGUGAGGUACGCCUGCUUCGAGAGGGUGGGCUGUCACGGGGUUUUCUGGGACCUAAAUCCCUGCAGUGACGUCGUCGUCCAGGCAGCAGUUGAUGAGACUAAUCGAUACUUCAACUAAAAAAAUACCUCGUUCAAAUACAAAUUUUCAUAGAACACAAAAAAUUUAAUUUCAACUUCUCACAGCAUUUAUGAGACACCCUCUAUUUAUACAAAAGAAAACACAAAAUACUUGAGGCAAAAUAUGAAUUUAUUAUUUUUUAAUUUAUCCCCACAAUCCCCUUAAGGUGCAAAAUUCAGGAAAUUAUUCUUUCUGUAUUAUUCUAAGAGAUUCUUAUGUUGUUUGUCCCAUUUAGGUUUAUUUUAAGAAAUAUUUUGUAAAUAGAUUAAAUAAAUAUUUUGUAGAAUAAUGAAAA